AUGCAGCCGAGAAGGUGUACCGGCUACCAGCGCCUCCCCCAGCCCGCGGAGCUGGGUCGAGGGCCCCCCUCCCCUCGGUUCCUUAGGCACGUUGUCCAGCACAUCCUGGGCCCUCGCUACCGCUCGCUCGGAAAAGCUUGGGAGCAACACCCCCCGUUCGGCCUCCUGCUGCUGCUGCUGCUGCUGCUGCUGCCGUCCAGACUCUUGAGAGCCGAGGAAGAAGACCUCAAGGUCCAGGCGCUAGUGGGGGAGAGCGUGGCCCUGCCCUGCAUCUACCCACAGACAGCCAGCUUUGAGCUCGAUGACCUCUACGUGUACUGGCAGAUCACAGUGGGGAAAAUGCCGAAGACCGUGGCUUGGCACCUGGGCGGCAACUCUGAGGACCGGACCAGGUGCGAGCCAGAGGCCGGGUGUGAGCAGCGGCCGGGGGCGGAGCUGGUGCCAGCCGACAUGCAGCGUGGGAAUUUCACGCUGCGCCUGGCAGACGUCAGCCCCCAGGACGAACAGAGCUACCAAUGCCUGGUGUUCAAGAGAUCACAGGGCAUUGAGGAGAUCCUCCGGCAACGGGUGACGUUGCGCGUGGCUGGUAACUACAGCACGCCCGUGGUGACAUCCCAGGAGCCCACCGCCGAAGGGGAGCUGGUUUUCACCUGCACCUCAGGCAAUGGGUACCCACAGCCCACAGUGUACUGGAUCAACUUGACAGACUGCAGCCUGCUGGCCGAGGACCUGCAGAACAGCACCGUGCGUCUCAACGCACUAGGCCUUUAUGACGUGCUCAGCGUCCUGCGCCUCGGCCGCGCUGGCCCUGCCCAGGUGGACUGCUGCGUGGAGAACACACUGCUGGGCCCGAACGUGAGCUGCGAGGGGACAGGAGUCUCCCUUGGCUCACUUGGCAUCAGCACCACACCCAGGUCGCCAGAGGGGACCAGAACAUCCACGCUGGUGCUGCUGGCUGUGGGCGUGGUCAUAGGCGUGAGCAUAGCUGUGGCCACCAGCUGGCUGUGCAAGAGCCGCUGUGCCCCGUGGCACUACACAGCCCAGCCCCCGGUCCUCGGGGGUCCUGUCACCGGGCGGGAGGAGAAGGCAGCUGCCCGGACCCCGCAUAGCGCCAUCCCCGCCUCCAGCUCUGGGUACAGUGGCCAGCACCCGCCCCCGCCUCCAGCUCUGGGCCUCCCUUGA